UCUGUGUGUGAAAUCUUUCAGUACUUAUUAACACAACAGAGUUGAAAUAACAGAGAAAUGUUUUGACAGGCUAACUGACACAUCUGCAUUCACGCAUACAUCACACUGAGCUAUUGAGACAACGUGUUUGCUUCCUUUUUUUCAACCUUUACACCUCUACGACACAGAUCAUUAUAUUAAUUAUUAGUCAUUACUAGAACAGCAGCCUUGAAAUUGAGCCUGUGCAGACAAAUAGAAAGACAAAGAGCAGAGUAUGAAGUAAGACAAGCAGCCAGGCAGGGAGUCAGUCUCUAAAUAUAAUAAUCAUUAAAUAGUGGCCCAGCCCCAUUAAACAUAGCGGUAAGCAGCAGGGUGUGAGGAGCAGCCAGGUCCUGAGCGCAAUACUGUUUACACUACAAAUGCGGUUGAGUUACACCAUGUACAGUAAAAUGGGCCUGACUGCCAGUAACUCUAGUCACUUACCAACAAAAGCAUCAUUUCCUGAAAGCUCCUCCCUCCUCCCUCCCUCCUUUCCCCACCUCUCCCCUCCCCUCCUCUGCUCUCUCACUCGCUCUCCAACCACCUUUUCGAGCUCUGAGGAACUAGUCCACAAUCACUAUGACUAAGCCCUCUAUGCAAAUACCUGACUGUCCUGGCGAAGCAGGAAGCAUGUUUUAGACUUGCCUGUGUCUCUGUUGGUGACAGUAACAGAGUUUGUAUGCGUGAGCUCACUGCCCAGAGGGUACCUACAGUAGAGGCAAAUGUGUGUGUUGAACCAGAGAGGAACUGUGAAAGGGCUAGUGAGAGUCCACUGUUGGGUGGAAGUGCACCAGCUGUAAGGUGAAUACCUCCACUUUGACCAACACAUGGAAGAGGCUGUCGCAUUCAGGGAUUCAAGGUGAAGCAGGAGUAUAUAUGUGUGUGUAUUUCACCCCCCCCAUACUGCAGCGUUUGGACCCAUGUCUCUCAUGCAACUCUGGACUAAAUUAUAUUCACAGCUGGGACGACAGCUUCCCAAGGACCUGUCCUGCAUUGAUGACCUCUCCACAAACUCCUUGUUCUCCUCUCCGGCUGACUCGCUGUCGGAGUAUGCUGAUGCCCAGUCCUUCAUCAGCACAGACAACCUAGACACAGUGCCCACCCUCUGGGACGUCAACACUAGCACCACCACCACACCAGCCCAGAGCCAGUUAGAGCUGAAUGGCACCGGCAGGUUUCAUGGCUUGGCCAGUUUGGAUGAUAUAACUGCUAUUAUCAGCACCCCACCUUUAGGAUUCCAGGCUCAGAGAACCCAGCCACCACCAGAGGAGGAAGAGGAUGCAGAGGAGGAGGAGACAGAGGAACUGGGACAUGUAGACACAUAUGCUGAGUACAGACCUUCCAAAUCCACUAUAGGAAUUUCUCAUCCUGACAUAGUGGUAGAGACCAACACGCUAUCCAGUGUCCCUCCUCCCGACAUCACAUACACUCUGUCUAUCCCUAAGACAACUAUUGAUCAUGGCCUGCUGUCUGCUCUGCAGCUAGAGGCUAUCAUCUACGCUUGCCAGCAACACGAGGUUAUCCUCCAGAACAACCAGAGGGCAGGCUUCCUGAUCGGAGAUGGGGCAGGGGUCGGAAAGGGACGCACUGUGGCAGGCAUCAUCCUGGAGAAUUACCUUAAGGGGCGGAAGAAAGCACUAUGGUUCAGCAUAUCCAAUGACCUGAAAUUCGAUGCAGAGAGAGAUCUCAAAGACAUAGAUGCACCGAAUAUUCCUGUGCAUGCCUUAAACAAGAUAAAGUAUGGAGACACAGCUACCUCAGAAGGAGUCCUGUUUGCAACUUACUCUGCGCUGAUUGGAGAGAGCCAGGCAGGAGGGCAGCACCGGACCAGAAUUAAACAGAUCCUAGACUGGUGCAAACCAGACUUUGACGGAGUUAUUAUUUUUGAUGAAUGCCACAAAGCCAAGAAUGCCACAUCCACAAAGAUGGGCAAGGCAGUGCUUGACCUACAAAACAAGCUGCCACGGGCCAGAGUGGUUUAUGCCAGUGCCACAGGUGCCUCUGAGCCAAAGAACAUGAUCUACAUGAGCCGCCUGGGAAUCUGGGGUGAGGGUACACCCUUCAGGACCUUUGAUGACUUCCUGCACGCAAUUGAAAAGAGAGGUGUCGGUGCCAUGGAGAUUGUUGCCAUGGAUAUGAAAGUGAGCGGGAUGUACAUUGCCCGGCAGUUGAGCUUCUCAGGGGUGUCUUUCCGCAUUGAAGAGAUUGGACUGGACAAUGAUUUCAAACUUGUCUACAACAAAGCUGCCAAACUGUGGGCAGAGGCGUUGCAGGUUUUUAUGCGUGCAGCUGAUGAGUUGGGCCUGGUCAGCAGAAAGUCUCUGUGGGGCCAGUUCUGGUCGUCUCACCAGCGCUUCUUCAAAUACCUCUGUAUUGCUGCCAAGGUCCGCUGCCUGGUGGAGCUGGCCCGAAAAGAGCUGGAGGCCGGAAAGUGCAUCGUUAUUGGGCUGCAGUCUACCGGAGAGUCCCGCACCAGAGAGGUCUUGGAUGAGAAUGAUGGGCAUCUCGACAGAUUUGUUUCUGCAGCGGAGGGAGUAUUCCAGUCACUUGUAACAAAACAUUUCCCAUCAGAGAAACAGAGGAGGGAGAAGGCACCAGGAAAUAAGAGAAAACGGAAGCCUAGAGGUCGCCAGCCCAAGAUACCCAAGCACAGUGUGGACAGCGGUGGUGUGAUCAACAUCAGUGAUGACAGCAGCAGUGACUCCGAUGGCAUGGACACGGACUCCAACUCCUCACCAGACUCCCUGCUAGACAAUGACGAUGUCAUCUUUGUGAACCACACUAGCUGCCAGACAGCCAGGAUAGAGGAGAUGAAGCAGGGCCUCCUAAACAAAAUAUCCAUACUGGGGAAAGAACUACCUCUCAAUACCUUGGAUGAGCUCAUCGAUAAGUUUGGGGGACCAGAUAAAGUUUCAGAGAUGACUGGUCGUAAGGGUCGUGUGGUGCGGCGCCCUGACGGCAGCGUCCGUUAUGAGUCACGGGCUGAGCAGGGUCUUACCAUCGACCACAUUAACAUCAAGGAGAAAGAUCGCUUCAUGAGUGGAGAGAAGUUGGUGGCCAUCAUCUCAGAGGCAGCCAGCUCUGGGAUUUCCCUGCAGGCAGACAAGCGAGUGAAAAACCAGAGGCGCAGGGUCCACAUGACCUUGGAGCUGCCUUGGAGUGCAGACAGGGCCAUUCAGCAGUUUGGUCGCACCCAUCGAUCUAAUCAGGUGACGGCCCCAGAGUAUAUCUUCCUCAUCUCGGAGUUGGCUGGGGAGAGACGUUUUGCUUCCAUUGUGGCCAAAAGACUAGAGAGCCUGGGUGCAUUAACCCAUGGAGACAGAAGAGCCACAGAAUCCAGAGACCUGAGCAAGUACAAUUUUGAGAACAAGUAUGGUACCAAGGCUCUAGAUAAAAUCACCAAAGCAAUCCUUGGCCACAUAGAGAACAAGGUGCCCCCUCCCAAAGGAUAUCCUGGGGGUGAAGCCAUGUUCUUCAGAGACAUGAAACUUGGAAUGAUGGAUGUGGGCAUCUUUUGCAAGGAGCCCCGCUUUGGAAUCAGUACUGAGAAAGACUGCAGCAUCACAAAGUUCUUAAAUCGCAUCCUGGGCUUAGAGGUCCACAAGCAGAACCAUCUCUUCCAGUACUUCACUGACAACUUUGACUACCUAAUCGAGAAGGAUAAGAAGGAGGGCAAAUACGACAUGGGAAUACUAGACCUUGCCCCGGGUAACGAUGAGAUCUAUGAGGAGAAGCAGGAAACUUUUCUGACAGCUGGAAACCCUCAGGAUGGACAGGUUGUUCUCUAUAAGAUCAGUGUGGACAGAGGUAUGCCCUGGGAUGAGGCCUGCAACAGAUCCCUGAAGCUCAGCGGUCCUGAAGAGGGAUUCUACCUGUCCCUGAAGCUGCGAGGUAACUACCCAUGUGUGCUGCUAGCUGAACAAGGAAGAGGCAAGAACUUCAUUGUCUACAAGCCCAACAUCGGCAAGCAGGCCCACCCUGAGAGCCUGGACAACCUGCAACAACGUUACCGAAAGGUGACUCCAGAGGAAGCCAGGGACAGCUGGGAAAACCAGUUCACCUUCUCUUUCAAGAAGUGUAGCCAUGCCAACUGGAAUGGAAAAUGUAAGAAAAUUGAGGAAGGCCAGGAGUGUCUGCAGGGCAUGCGCCUCCGUCAGUACCACAUGUUGUGUGGUGCUCUGUUGCGUGUGUGGAAGCGCGUAUCCGAUGUGGUGUCUGACAUCACCAGCUCCAGCAUCCUGCAGAUUGUCCGACUUAAAACCAAGCAGCAUAACAAGCAAGUCGGUAUCAAGAUCCCAGAGAACUGUGUGGCACGUGUUCGGGAGGAGCUGUUGGUAAUGGACGAGGAGGUGAAGAGGAGACGAAAGGAGAGGGAGCAGCAGGCUGUGGAGCAACGACUAGCCGAGGAGUGCAGACGGAAAAUGGAGCAGGAUAACAAACACCUUCUGGCAAAUCUGUUCAGCAAACCCAUGCUGGCCCAGUCGCUCACCCAAAAGCAUAUCCUCAACCCUAAACUGAACCAACAUGUUCUACCAAGGACACAAACUGGGAGCAUUCCUCAGCUGCAGAGAAUGCAAUCCCAAAACCAGUCCUCGCAGAUCAUAUCCAUGUUGUCCUUACAGAGAAAUCCCAGUCAAACCCAGCAAAGGACCCAUAACAGCUGGCCCAACAAUUCCACCACCACGUCCGCCACCAACCAGGGUUCUCUGUCCAACAUGGUUAGUCUCCCCUCCAGUUUGUCACAGUUUUACCCCCAGUCCUUUUUAUCCUCUUUUUCACAGCUGAAGAACCCAUCUCUUCCAAUCCAUCAGACCGCGCUGUCUUCCAAGAAUCCUCUGGAUGAGAUCUUGGACCUGACUGUGAGCUCCCCGUCACCCUCCCCAGACACCACUGAGGGUGGACUGAAUCUGGACAGUCUGACGAGACACGCUACAGGAUUCGGAGAUGACUUAAAUCUGGAGUCUUUGAUCUCGCAGAAUGCAUCGAAUGCCCAGCAUGCUGCACAAAUACAGCAGCCUCUGUUGCUGCAGCAGCAACAACAGCAGCAACAACAGCAACAGCAACAUGUGCAGGCAACACAACAGCAACACAACCUGCUGGCCAAUAACCACCAAGACUUGUUAGAUUUUUUUGACUUGCCCCUGUCUCCUCAGAUGCCCACGCAGAAAGCAAGCCCUUCAUCCUCUACCUCCUCCACGUCCUCCACUUCUUCUGUGUCAAACAGCCUGGUUUCUCACGUCCCCUCUGGCCUCCUGCCCACAUCUGCCCUCAUCCCAACAUCGUCCUCCUCUUCUCUCUUCCCCAGUCCGUCCUCAUCCUCCUCUCUGUUUUCAAACUCUUCCUCUCACUUCUCUUCCCCCUUUCUCCUCCCCCAGUCAGACUCCCUUUCCUUACCCAACGGCCACAGCAAUACCACUGCCCUUGAUGUUCGUGAGGCUCUGAACAGCAUGCUACAGGCCGGAUCGGACCGCAAGUCUGUCAUUCAGUACCGGCAUCAAGACUAAGAGCUGCAACAGCAACUGCUCGUCUGGAAUCUGAUUUUCUCUCUGUGUUUCGGUUGGUCUUUUAAAGCAGAUUGUGUGUUGUUCACUGCUGUCUGUGUUCGCACCCUCAGACCUGCUCCCUCUCCCCUCAGGGCCUAUAGUCACGUCACUGCCUGUCCUGCGCUUGGCUCACCCUUCUCUCUCUGUCCACCUGUAGUUCAUCCAAAUGAGGCUGUCGAGGUGAUAGCGGGCUCGAUCAGUAUCAGAUUUCUGCAUAAAAAUGUGUCCUCCACAGUGAAAAGGCAGCUGUAAUACAAAAGAAGUGGGGAAAAAAAAACGUGAUUAACUGUAUUUUAUUGAACAUACGAGCUGUCAAAACAAAAGCUCACUCACUGAGGUGUGGAAAAUCUUUAUGAAACCUCCCGCUGCUGAUUUUACGAGGUAUGACUGGUGAAGUUGCUGGAAGCUCUAAAUGCCUUUCACCAGUUAAAACCACAUCUGUAGACUUUGCUUUGCUGUUACUUCACUUCAUGGCUGUUUUAUGCAAGGUUUGGUUUGAGUGAAACAUAAAUAGUGUUGGCUGGAAGAUGGGGGGAAAAACUGAAGAGAUCUUUUAGAUUAUUAGCCGUGAAAUGCCUCAGUUUCCUUUUUUGCUUUUGUUUUUUUUUCUUCCAUGCUCCUUCUUGUUUUUCUCCCUGCUUGUAUGAACACUAGUGUGAGGAAAAAGGGAGAGGAAGUCUGCUGUUGCAAACAGUGCCUUUGGAGAAAUCUAUAAAUGCAGUCUUUAAAAAUCCAUGUAGCCUAAUGUAUAGAUUUGUACUCUUGAGCGUUGGUUUUGAUUUUAAUUUAAUUGUGCUAUAUUUGUAUUUAACUUUUAGCCCCCUCAGUCAGUCAGUCAGUGAGUCAGUCAGUGAGUCAGUCAGUGAGUCAGUCAGUGAGUUAGUGGUGGUGUUACACUAUGCUGGUGGUGGAUUUCCCCUCACUCAGCCUGUAUGUACUCUGUGAUGCUGCUUUUAAAACAAGAGCAGUAGACGCGUCCUUUUUCUCUGUGUCUCUCUGUCCCUGUCGAUUGGACAACAUGUCAUAGGGUCAGUAUGGCACAGAUUAUUGAGCAGCGUGGAUAAAAUUAGUCUCGCAUUCAAAUGUUUUCACAUUCACACACCCUCCUUUUUUUUUUUUUUUUUUUUUAAUAACUGACGAUAACAUGUGGUGAUGUGACUCCUGGUUUGAUUUAAUUUCGAAUUUUCUCAGGAAAGGCUCCAGUGUGUUGUUUUUUUUUUUUGUGCAUGUGUGUCUUUUUGACCAGCACAUAUAUAAAAAAUUGUUUAAAGACUUUCAUUACAAUGAAAUAAUGUUUUUUAUUGUCUUGAGGUCUGAAAAGAAAAUCCUAUCAUCUCUAACUUGCUUGGAUAAUAGUAGUAAGCUUGAGACAAAGUUCUCAAUGUAUUUCCAUUUCAGGCUUCAAGGCUGUAAAAACAUUGGAUACAUGUGUGUGUGUGUGUAUCAGAGUACAUAUUUAAAUACCUGUGAGAUUUGGCCAUCUUUGUGUGAAAAGGAUGCACUGUGGCUGGUUCAUGACAGAAAUGCCAGGAUAAGUUCAAGUGAUUAAAAAGCAAUAAAACCAUAUUCUACAUUUGUUAUGAAA